GACCAAUGCGAUUCAUAGUUUUGAUAUAUCUUUUUAACGAAACGGGUCAUUCGUCCGCGGAUAGGCCACGUCACAGUUUAAGUCAGGCCCGGUUGCGAGUUGAGACCCGGGCCAUUGCUUUUUCUUGCGCAGCCCACAGAGAGAGAGAGAGAGAGAGAGAGAGAGACAACGACCCAUACGCUCCCACUCCUUCCUUUGGCGGCGGCGUCGUUUUCUCUUCGUUCAUUCACCCUCUGUAAGGUUUCUGCAUCUUCAUGUUGUAACCCGUUGCCCUUUCUACUACUUUUGAAGAUUUAUUCCACUUUUCUUUUUCUCUCCGAUUAAUUGUUAUUUGGCUCUUGAUUGUGGUUGUUUGUGCUGGGAAGAGUUAUUGUUUCGUUUGGGUAUUUUGUCGAGCAUCUGGCGCGUACGAGAUCAGAAGAUGCGAUUUGAUUUAGUUUUAUAAUAUAGUGUACCGACAGGAGUAGUGGAGAGUAAUGAGAAGGUGUUGCACUUUAUUUUGAGAGGGGUUGGCGGAGUCCUGUAUUUUGGUUUUAUUUAUCUUUUUGGACUUGUGCGUGAGAAUAACGCACUUGUUCAGCUCGAAUUCACAAUUAGUUGUGUGUCAAGUUCGUCUGAAGCUAACCCAAUCGUUUGUGUUGAUGUGAAUAUUUAAGAUUAAUUUUCAAAUUGACUGUAUCAAUAAGGUCUGAUUUGUGUAAGUUAACUUUGUGAGCUUGAAAUCAUGAUAUUGAAAAUUACGCUACGGUUGGGAUAGCUUGAAGGAACAUAAAUGCCUUUCCUGUUGAGUAGAAUAAUUAGUAAAAUUACUAUGCAUUACUGUGACUAAUAAAUUCCAGAGGAAACUUUAUUGUCCUCACGAUUCUCUAGGGGUUGCUCGGAACCUCACUUUAUCUUUUCCUGGAACAAUUUACUGAUUAUAUAUAUGGGUUACACCUGUAUGAACCUGCUUACAUUACUUGCAUAAAUGCUCAUAGUUCUUCCACCACUUCAGUGUCGUUGAGGCUUACUAGCUGAAUAAUUUUAUUACUAAUCUUUUAUUACAAUAGAAAAUAUUGCAUUUGAACGUGUUCACCCUUCAACGCAUGGUACUGUUAUGAUCUUUGUUAUUCUUCUUUGUUCUAGUCCUGUUUUGUAUUUAUCAGUCCCCCCCCUUCUCUCCCCAAAGAAUUUGACAAUAAAAAUAUGAAAUAAUAAUUGUGUUACUGCAGGGUUUGGUGCAUUUCAUUCUGACUCAUUAUGGGCAAUGGUCCAGCGCCAUUUUCUGAGAUUGGCAAAAGGGCAAAAGACCUCUUGUACAAGGAUUACAACUUUGAUCACAAGUUUAGCCUGUCAAUUCCAAAUGCCACUGGAUUGGGCCUUGUAGCUACAGGAUUGAAAAAGGAUCAAAUUUUUGUUGGUGACAUAAAUACACUUUACAAGACUGGAAAUACUACAGUGGAUGUUAAAGUUGAUACAUACUCUAAUGUAUCUACAAAAGUGACUGUGAAUGAUAUCUUUCAUAGCACAAAAGCAGCUUUGAGCUUUAAUAUACCCGAUCACAAGUCAGGAAAGCUGGAUGUGCAGUACCUUCAUCCUCAUGCCGCCAUUGAUUCUAGUAUUGGCUUGAAUCCAUCCCCUCUAUUGGAGCUUUCAGCAGCAAUUGGCAGCAAAGAUCUUUGUAUGGGUGCUGAAGUUGGAUUUAAUACAACUUCUGCUUCAUUCACAAAAUAUAAUGCUGGGGUUGCCUUCAAUAAACCAGAUUUCUCUGCAGCACUUAUGCUGGCUGAUAAAGGACAGAUCCUGAAAGCUUCUUACAUUCAUUACGUUGAUCGCCCAGAUGGAUUUACGGUUGCGGCUGAAAUAUCUCACAAGUUUUCCACCCUUGAAAACAGAUUUACCAUUGGGAGCUCACAGUCAAUAGAUCCACGGACAGUUUUGAAGACACGAUUCAGUGAUGAUGGCAAAGCUGCCUUCCAAUGCCAACGAGCAUGGAGGCCAAAUUCCCUCAUAACCCUGUCUGCCGAAUAUGAUUCCACGAAGAUCUUUAGUUCGUCCACGAAGUUCGGUCUUGCUCUUACUCUCAGGCCUUAGCACUGUCUGCCUAUUAAAUCUUAUUUGAUGACUUCAAAGUUACCAUUCCAUCAUUUUAAAUUGUUUACAAAACCCUUGGUGGGUUGUUUUAAGCCCUAUCAUCAUAAGGCAAACCAAAGGAAUCAGUAAUAUUUGUGAAAUCUUCUAAAGCGGCACGGAAAGAGGACCCAGUUUUGAUAUGCUUACAUAAUGGCUAGAGUUUUUGUAGCUGAUUUAUAAUACUGCCAUUCAACAUCUAGCAUAUGACUUUGGAUUUGAUAUAGUGACUCAUGGUCGGGUGGAUUGUGGAUGCCCGAUAUCUAUGUUCAUCUUUUUCACGCAAUAUCUUCCCAUGACUCUUAUUUCAUGGUUCUUUUUCUCCAGUUCCUCGUCUACCCUGUGGUUGGGUAAUAAUGCACCAGAAGUGUUCGGAGAUACUUGGUUUAUCGGGAAUAGUUGAACAAUUGCAAGUUAGAUAAUAUUUUUAUGUUACUGUUAUGUAGUUUGAAUAGAAUAAGAGGAAGUGAUAUUUUUCAUGGGGCAAAUGUUAAUGUUAAUUUAUUUAGUAAUUACAUUUUUUUUAUUAACCU